AUGAGUGUCUUUGAUGUUAUUCUAAAAUUAAUCUUAGAACAUGAAGGAGGGAAAUGUAAUAGAGUACAUGAUUCAGGAGGUAAGACUAAUCGAGGUAUAACUUAAUCAACUUAUGAUUAUGAAUGUGGAUAAAUGAUGGAAAAUAAAAAGGUGAAACCAGAAGAUAGGUUUUAAUAUAAAGAUGUUUAUGAUCUCACAGAUUAAGAGGUCUAUAAAUUUUAUAAGUAUUUAUUUAAUAAGUGUUCUGCUAAUUAAAUUAACAACCCAGAAACUUGUUAUGUGUUCUUUGAUGCUGUAAUAAAUCAUGGCUAAGGUGGAGCAAUUAAAUGUCUUUAACAUGUAUGUAAUUUAAAAGAAGAUGGAAUUUUUGGACCAAAUACAGAAGCUAUGGCUAAUUCUCUUAAUUAAAAAGAAAUACAAAAAAAAAUGCUCAUUUAUAGAGAAAAUUAGUAUAAAAAAAGUAAAAAUUAUGAGUAUAAUAAAAAUGGAUGGAAUAAUAGAUUAAACAAAAUUCGACAAUAAAUAGAGAAGGGAAUUAUGCCAAAUUUGUAAUAGAAUUAUAAUAAUUAUUAAUUUGUUCAAUAAUAAUAAGUUGUAAAUAAACCUAAAUAAGAUCCAGUUAAGUAUCUUCAUGAAGCUAUAAAAAUGUAACAGAUACCAGAUUUAACGUAAUUUGAAAUACCAAUAUAGAUUAACUUUAAUUAAUAAGUACCAGAUGCGUUUCCAUUAUUUAAUUAAUAUAAACUCUAAAGAAAGAAAUGA